UUGUUUCAAACGGCCGGAAUCCCUCAAUCAUUUCUUCAAUUUUCUUGACCGCAAUGCCAUAAGUUAAUUCUUCCAAUAAAAAAUAUCGUCCGUCUUGGAAUCAAGUGGCUAACCUAGUCACUGAGUAUGUCCAAGGUCCCCGGGGUCGUGAAAGACACCUCAUUAUCCCUGGGAGAGAUCCGGGAUCGGAAUUCAUCUUCCAUCAUCUCUUCUGUACUUGACAUUAAAAGACGUGACGACGAUAAAAGGCGAGUCGACGACAAACGACGUAUUGACGCCAGCGAAAAUUGGCCCAAGGAGCUCGAAUGCCUAUACUUGGCUGGCGACAAUGAGGAACCCAGCGGAAAGCGAAGGCGUCUAGAUGAUGGUACUAUAGCUAUAGGUUCUUCGGAAUUGCUGAGGAGAAGGCACAUUGCUCCCCUACUAGACGUUAAAGGUUCUAGGGACUAUGUCGCUGUUUCCUAUACUUGGGAAGCCUCAAAAGAGGAGGGGGAAAUUGGAGGGGAAAAGAUGGGCUCCUACCUUAUUGAGCCACGUAAGACCGGCGGAUCGGCGCUACCUAGCAACGUGAGGGACACAGUCUGGAAGAGAGUACUUAAUUAUGCCGAGCACGUGCGCUGCAAAAACAUCUGGAUCGAUCGCGAGUGUAUUGACCAAGAGAAUGAGACGGAUAAGGAAGCGGCAAUACAAAGCAUGCAUUUGGUGUAUGGUCAAAGCAAAUGGCCUAUUGCUCUCCUUACGCGCACCAUUAAGACAGUCCAAGAGCUCGAUCUAUUUGCGAAACUGGUACUUGACGAGAUUGACCCCGAAGACGAGCCGGUACUAUUAAAUCUUCUAGAUCAUAUCACGUCUGACCUAUGGUGGACAAGGGCCUGGACCUUUCAGGAAGACUAUCGGGCUUCUGUCCGCAUGAUGUUGCUCAUUCCACAUCGCCGGAAUCUAGAAGAUUUGAAGCAAGCCACCACAGACGCGUACGGGCGACAUGUACUAGGCGAUCUCGAAGGAGAGAUAUGUAUUAAUUCUGCAGAUUUCAGAGAAAUGGUUACGACUUUCUGCCUCUCGUACCGAAAAAGGUUAGAGGAUACGAGUGUGUGUGACAGGAUUCUCAGAACAGCCCCAAAAUAUAAUGUCCUUCUCAAAGACGAAUCGCCACUGUUAGGUACGAAUUCUGUAUCGCGUUCUAUGUCCCCAAGGAUCCUUUCAGAUAUAAUUUCUCGUGGCAUUCAGGUGGAAUCCGAUCGCCUUGCCAUAAUGGCCAACUGUUGCGGGUAUAGUACCCGCCUCAACACGAAAUUACUCAAGCACCAUGGCAGUAGCCUUAGUUUGUCGAUCCUUGCAUUAUAUCUCUUGAAUGGCGAGAUCAUAGCGAAUAACCCAUCCCGACCUAGCCAAGGAACACUCGACAAUAAUAUCACUGAAUAUCUUUCUAAGCAGUCUCUUGACAACUUUCGGUCUCCGACGGAUACAGCACUGACCUUUAUUAAGAGCUGCCGUUUUAUCGACCCACGGAUAACCGAGGACGGGACGUGGACAAGAGGUCACCUGUGGAGGCUUGGUAAAGUAAUACGUUGCGAACCUAUGAGAAGUAAGAAGUUUCGCACCAUGAAUCCUCUCGCAGAGUUCGCGGACGGGCUCCAAUACAGAAAGUACGGUGGUUGCUACACGGAACUAGCGGCCUGUCUUAUAAUGUGGAUGGAAACAGGCCCGUUCGCCGUUUCUAGAAAACGGUCUCCCCGCCCCUGGGAAUGGCGCGAAUGGAUGGCCGAUGAGGUCCAGGAAGCCUUGAUGGAUGGAAAGGCCCUUCGAUUGGGGCACCUCAUACACCCCGAAUCCGGGCGAGAAGGAACUGCACCGCGGGCCAUCUUCGUCGGGAGCAGUGAUGAAGAUUGGGAGGACGAGACCGAGGAAAGUUUCGCUUUUACCUCAGCCCGGCCGGCUACUCCAAACACGCUAGAAAUCCAUAAGCACGUGUCACUCGAAGUUGACGUUGAGUGGCCGGAAUCCGAAGGUCGUCCACCCCAUGCACCCCCGAAGAUGUAUACCAAACGAUGGCUCAACGGACUCUGCUUUUACGAGGGAUGUCCACGACAAUCGGUCUUGUUUCCUUGGCCUCCUGAAUUGACGGAAUAGACAUGUCACGUCUUCAGGAUGUAUACAAGGCACGAUCUGAACAUAAGAGCAAAGUGAGCAAGCAACACGGCAAGGCUCGGCAAAAACGCGAACUGUAAAUAAAUAUGCAUUACCGGGACUGGGUUUAUUAAAGGGCAUCAUUGCAUUACAUUACAUUCUAUUCAUUUUGUGUACAUAGGGGGUUUUAUGGGAUACAUGAAGGAAACGAUAUUUAUAGAAAAUGUUAUGGACUAGACGAAUUCAUUCUAGCUGGAAUAGUUUAUGAUCUCAUGAGCAAUAUUCGAUUCGUGAACACCCCUAAUAACCUUACCUUGCACCUAUUUUGAGGUCAGGUGUCUCAACUCCUAAGAAUUUAAUAGAAUCCAGGAUCUAACCGCACUGCCCUUGCUCACUUAGACAAUUUCACAA